AUGAUUGGUAUUGAUGACGGGAAGGGCCAUUACGUCGUGGUGAGAUGCAGCUCUCGCCAGGAGGCCGAGCGAUGGCGCAGGGCCCUCGAGACGCACACGGUCGAGGACUUCGCCAGCCAGUACGUGCAGCCCUGGCCCGUCCCUAACGACCCUGCGCUCCUCAGGGACACCCUUGUCAUUGACCUGGGUUCCUGCUCCCCACCUUGCCCCAGCUGUUCCUUCCCUCGGUGGUGGCGACGGAGCGCGAGUCUCGGCGCCAGAUCUGGGGUUACGACGCCCUCACGCCGACGUCCCGCUGCCUCCACCAUCUCGUUCCCGUCCGACCUCGCACAAAUUACGAAGUACUCUGUAGACCUGAGUGCCGUCUCAAGUCUCCUGCAGAAGACCUUCGCCGACCUGAGGGUAGACCCCAAGAACUACCACCUGCAGCUGUCCGUCCCUCGCGUCCUCAACUCCAGCACGCAGACGGAGCUUAUGCGGGUCCUCUUCGACAAGUUCGGCGUGAAGUCCGUCAACCUCACGCACCAGUCCAUCCUCGCGCUCUACGCCUACAACGCCACGUCCGGGAUCGUCGUGGACAUCGGCGAGAGAAUGGACAUCGUGCCCGUCAUCGAUGGAUACAUUGUGGAUGGCGGUGUGUCAAGGGUUCCCUACGGAGGAUACAGGAUACUGGAUCACCUUCGCCAGUUCUUGUACAUGAGGAAUGUCUCCCUCAUCAACGAAGUCGAGAGUUAUAUCAUCAGACAUGUGUUGGAGAAUAUCUGUUAUUGCGCCCACCACUACAACACGGAGAAGGCCCGCUGCGCCAACAACCCUGACAACUUCGAGAAGGGCGUCUCCCUCUCAGAAUACUUCCACAGCAAGGACUGUCCUUACGAAAAUAUCUCCCUCGACUUCGGACGGUUCCAAGCCACGGAAGGCCUCUUCAACCCAGACGCUUGGGGUUUGGAUCAUCCUGGACUCCACAAACUAGUAUACAAGGCUAUAAUGGAGUGCAGCAUGGACAUCCGAAAGGAGAUGAGCAGGAGCAUCUUCUUGGCCGGAGGAGUGACACAGCUUCCAGGCCUCACGGACAGACUCACCACUGAGAUCGACAACCUCACACCACCUGCUAUUAGACCCAAGGUCCACGCCUCGCCAUACCGAUACCACGCGGCGUAUAUCGGUGCGUGCGUGUUGGCCGAGUCCCCUGGGUUCGUGCAGUCCCGCGUGACUCGAGAGGAGUGGAACAAACAGGGUCCGGCCGCUCUUCGGAAGUGGUCGUUGUAGAGUGGGGGAAAGAAAAUCGCACCAGAUGGAUGUGUUAUAGAGUUCCGAUUUUUGUUUAUACAGUGGGAGAUUAUUAUUGAUGAUGAUGAUCAUUAAUCUUCCCGUUUUUUGGGGUCACGGAUGGCUAAUAGGCUGUCUAUCGUCUCCUCGGUUUUUUGUUUGUUUGUUUGCGUGAAGGAGGAGGAGACGAAGGAGAAGGAGAGGAAGAAGAAGAAGAAGAAAAA